AUGAUUGCACUUGCCCCCCCGCACGGACCCUCGUCCCACGUCGGCCGCAGUGAACGAGCGCAUCGAUCCGUGUCUUCUUCUCGCACACAGGAGGUGCGGCGACCACCUACGACCACGACCGCGACUGCGACUGCAGCUACAACGACCACGAGCUCAGCGCCGACCACGACGGAGCCAGCGACGACCAGCACCCCUGCGGCGGCCCCCACGGCACCAGCAGCGACGCCCACGCCCACUGCAACGCCCAAUGUGCCCACGGCCACGACGGCGAAUCGGCCCACGGUGGCCCGGAUGCAGCGAUUGGCCGAUGGAUCGCUCGACCUGGGUGCAUAUCCCUCGACGGACCUGCUGCGUCUCCUGGCGGCCCUCUUGACGCAAAUAACGACGGAAAACGACAAACUAAGACCCCAGUCCACGCCGCAGACCCCGCUCACACCGCCGUCCGAGUCCCCAGACACCCGCUCGCCUAUGUGGUCCCAGCUGACGAGUGCAUCCCGCAACGCCCUCGCGACUCCCGCUGCUUCCCUUGCCUUCCAUGCCAGAAACAUUCCGAGUAUUUCCAUUGAGCAGUAUUUGUUGCGCAUUCUCAAAUACUGUCCAACCACAAACGAGGUUUUCCUCGGCUUGCUCGUCUAUUUCGACCGCAUGUCAAGGCUCGCUACCGACUGUGCCCUUCCUCAUACCCCCUCUUCCCACCGCACACUCACCAUCGAUAGCUACAACAUCCAUCGUCUGCUCAUCGCUGGAGUCACCGUCGCAUCCAAAUUCUUUUCUGAUGUAUUUUACACCAAUUCUCGUUAUGCAAAAGUCGGCGGUCUGCCCCAGACAGAGCUCAACCAGCUCGAACUUCACUUUCUUCUCCUCAACGACUUUAGGCUGAGCAUCCCUAUCGACGAGAUGCAACGAUAUGCAGAGCAACUGUUGCGUUACUCGGCCGGUAUGUCUCCAGAAGAGGCUUUUGCGCCCUCUGCCACCGCCCCACCACCCACCGCACUUGCUCCACCAUCACCUCAUACCCCACUCGUGCCCGCUCCACCCGCCGCCCGUCCCCAAUCCCAAUCCCAAACACACCGACCCGCCCACCUUCAACUCCAGCCCCGGUCCAACCCACCUGCCCCCGCGGGAGCAAGUCCCAGUCACCUCUCUACGAGCUUUUCAACCAACUCUUUCCCCAAAACAUCUCACCACGACAUUGAAGCCCGUGCCUGGAACGCCCAACAACGCGGCUCAUCCUCGACCCCCAUCCAGACGGCCGUAAACAGCGACGCGGCCUCAAUUUACUCUGUUGAUGCUUCCGAGAGCGGCUACGGAAGCACAACCGACGAAGAUACCAUCCGUGCUCACUGGUCUAGCUCCGAGAGCGCCAUGACCGAGGGCGAAGACGACGCCGCGAGCACCAACACGGUCGAAGAACCCGACCACGACGCACCACGCCAACGAACGUAG